AUUAACCUUGUGACAGGUACUCCUGUAUAAAAGAGGAGCAGGGUUAGGGUAGAUUUAAAGGGUUGUUUCGACCUCACUCCGUGUGUCAUAACAUCGAGAGAAGAAACAUGUCGGCCAUGAAGUACAUUGGGUUCCUGCUGGCGCUAGUUUUUGUAUUAAUGCACGAAAAUAAUGCUGAGAAUUGUACUGCAUGUUGGACCACUUAUAACGACACGGCAAAGGAUUGCACUGCAAUCAAGACGUAUAUAACAUGUCUGUAUGAUGCAAGUGGGUGCGAAAAGCGUCAAAUGAUGAUGGAAAAUAUCGACAAAAAACGCAAGAGUCUUUCAUCUUGUGAUUUAACAAAAACAUGCGAGUGCCAGGUGACGUUUAUGAAAGCCGAUGUCGCAGCCGACACUAAGAAAUGCGCUGCACGUAAAGCAGAACUGGGCUGUUUGAUGAUGUCUAUGGGUGUUGCUUGUGACGCCACAAAGAAACAUAUGGAUAUUGUGAGCGCCUCCGAAACAGCAGCCAAAGCUGUAGAUAAGUGUGCUUUAUCUGAUACUUGCACCUGCCAAGUAACGCGUGCAAAGGCAGACAUGGCGAAAAUGUGCACUGCCUUGCAAACCGAAAUAAGCUGUGUGGCAAGCAAGAAAAACAAGGGAUGUGGUGGUCACAAAGGUCCUGAUGACAUUGGAGACCAUGCCCGCAAACAAAUGGAUAAACUUAGCUCGUGCACUAAGACCGAUACCUGCAAAUGUGAAAUAGUUUAUUCUAAAGCCGACCUAGGUACAAAGGCCAAAGAGUGCACGGCUGCCAAAGCUGCUAAGAAAUGUCUGGAGGACCUUAAGACAAAUAGUACGGCAGGAUGUGAUGGGAAAACUGCACGCGCUAAUGUAAUCAAAAUCUUUGCGCAACCGCGGAUUAAUAAGUAUUGUGUUGCAGGUGCUGAUUCUGUGUCUGGACUUGGGUUCGCUGUUGGACUAUGUGUCCUCUUGCUGCAGAUGGUUAUGUGGAUCUGAUUCUCUCCAUGGCAUCAUCUUUCCUUCUUCAUUUUACUAUUACAUUCAAUAAUACGCUGAUUUAUUAUUAAAAAACAACAACCUAGUUUGCUUUCUACGAUCAUCCACAAAAGCUAAGGGUGUAUUCAGUUUAUGUUAUAAUCACUAUAUUUUGAACAAUUGCAAUGAUUUUGUGAAAACAAAAAUGCCCGGGAGUUGCCACGUGUAUGAAUUUAUUGCUAUUAUAACACGUUUGCGACUGAGAGAUCGCCGCUAAUGACUAACCUUG